AUUUUUGAACAGAUGAUUAGGGAAACCAAAGUCAAAACAAAACAUCUCUCAGCUAUUUUUAAUUGUGAUUUUUUACUAAUUGUUCAGUUACUUUUUUUUAUAUUUAUUUAUAUUUGUUUAAGUUACAAUGUAAAUAAGUCUGCUUUGCAACUUUAAUGAGAGAGAAAAAAAGUCCUAGGCUUAAUAUGCUCCACUAAAGAUUUGGAUUGACCUUUUGCAUUUAAAGAUUUCGUCAGCCUUCAUGUACGAUCCUAGGCUAUCAAUUUUAACAUAAUUUUCAUCGAUAGAAGCUAAAUUAACAUCUCAAUACAGAUAUCCCUUCAUUAAUGGAUAAAAGUGAUAUUUAUUGUAACUUUUAAGGGUCGUUUCUAACAUACGUUUGUGUAAAUAUUAGAUUCUUGCAAUUUCAACUGUAAUUACAAAAUUCAGGAUUCUUGCAUCAAGAUAAUGUUAGAUGAUCCAGCAAGAAAUAUCAUAAAAGACGAAGAUGUAUCACAGAAGAUCUAAUGAAUAUUCAAGUUGAUUUAUUAGGUUAAAUUUUUAUCUAUCGAUCUCGCAGUUCUUGAAAAAAUGGAUUUACCACCAUCGACGUCAUUAUCAUCACCAAUACCAUCAGUCGACACUACGACAGAUUUGCUUCUUCCAAUAUUAUCUCCUCAGUCAUUUUCAUCAUCAUUGCAACCAACACAUUUGGGCGACUUAUCUCUACCAUCUUCAUCAUCUGGAUCCUCAUCUCUGGAUGUAUAUCCGUCCUCUACUCCUUCAGUACCUGAAUCGUCAAACAUGGUUAGCUCAGAUUUACCUAAUGAUAUGUUCAACAGCGGUCCAGGUUCAAUACAAUCUGCUGAUUGGCUAAAUCAAAUAUGCCUACAGGUUGUCAAUGAUAUGAAUUGUUAUGGUAUUUGCGUGAUUGAUAAUUUUCUUGGAGAAGCUCAAUGUUCUUCAAUUCUAAAUGAAGUUAAAUCAUUGUAUGGCUACGGAAUCUUUCAAGAAGGUCAAUUGGUUCGUAAAGUUAACCGGACUCGAACACCAUCUCAGGUUAUCCGGAGUGAUAAAAUUGUUUGGGUUGAUGGAGGUGAACCUCAAUGUGUAAAUAUUGGAUUUUUAAUCCAGACACUUGAUGCGAUUCUUUUCAAGUGUAAUACCAUGGAAAACAAUGGCAUAUUUUCAAGAUAUCAGAUAAAUAAUCGAACUAAAGCUAUGAUUGCUUGCUAUCCUGGUAACGGAACCCGCUAUGUCAAGCAUGUUGAUAACCCUAAUGGAGAUGGUAGACGAAUUACCAGUAUUUAUUAUCUCAAUCAAGGCUGGGAUCUUCAGCGCGACGGUGGCCUAUUGCGAAUGUAUCCAACCUGCUACGAGAAUCAUGUUGCUGACAUCGCUCCACUUUUUGAUAGAGUAUUAUUUUUUUGGUCCGAUCGAAGGAAUCCUCAUGAAGUACAACCAGCUUUCAGCACACGCUUUGCUAUUACAGUUUGGUAUUUUGAUGAUGAAGAACGAAAUCAAGCAAAUCAAAGAUAUCCAUCGUUUCCUAUUGAAGCAUCCUGACUUUCAUCAACAUUUUUUGUUAAUCACAAUUUUUCAUAUUUAAUAUUAAUAUUUGCCUUAACUGUCUACCUCUGCCAAUGUAGAGACGUAGACUUGAGCCCUUAUAUUAAUUAAAAAUGGUCUUCAUUUCUUUCUUCCUCUCUUCUAAUCAUUUCAACUCUACUUUUCACGUAUAUUUUUGUGCCCAUUUCCGUGAUAAAAAUCAUCUUUACUCUUUAA